AUGAUCAAGUUCCUGCUGAUUGCCGCGAUCCUGCCGGCUGUUGUCUUCGGACAAACACCCUUCCGUCCAUGCUCCGGUCGGCCCGCUCCUGUCUCAGUUAACAUCGAAGGCUGCACUGCGCUUCCCUGUGACAUCGUCUCAGGUGUUCCACUAAGAGCUCAUGCUACAAUCACCACACCAGUGGCCACUCCCACCGUAACCGCAUACCUACGCGCUACUCUGUUCGGUCUAGACCUUGGAUUUAACAUCCCUGAAGAUCUCCAGGAUGCUUGUGCCGUGGGCAUCACAGGAGCAUCGUGUCCUCUCACUGCCGGACAGACUUUUGACUACACGCUAGAGUAUGCCAUGGUACUUCCGAUUGUCGGUAUUACCGCGCAAGUGGAAGUCGGUCUGAGAGCAGCGGACGGUACAUAUAUUACCUGUAUCGACAUUGAUGCCCGUAUUAGCGGAUAA